GCGAAAUGAGCAGCCAAAAGAUUGGGAUCGUGGGCAGUGGAUUGAUCGGCAGGGCGUGGACGAUGCUCUUCGCGGCAGCUGGCUAUCGUGUCCAGCUGUAUGACAUCCUGGAGAGCCAGUUGGCCACUGCCCUGCAGGAGCUGGACAAGGAUCUGCACCGUCUGGAGGAGCGCGGCGCGUUGCGCGGCAAUAUACGGGCCUCGGAGCAGUUUUCCCUGAUCGGGGUCACCACUCGACUGGAGGAACUCACCAGGGAUGCGUUGCACAUACAGGAGUGUGUUCCCGAAGUGCUGCCGCUGAAGCAAAGUCUUUACUCCCAGUUGGAUGAGCUGCUCGAGCAGCAGACAGUGGUGGCCAGUUCCACGAGCACCUUCAUGCCUUCGCUGUACAGCGAGGGUCUGCAAAAGAGGCAACAGAUGCUAGUGGCUCAUCCACUGAAUCCGCCGUACUUUAUACCCCUGGUGGAGAUCGUCCCAGCUCCCUGGACAUCCUCGGGUGCGGUGGAGCGAACCCGUGACCUAAUGCUCAGCUUGGGCCAACGUCCGGUGACCCUGAAGAGAGAGAUUCAGGGCUUCGCCACCAACCGCAUUCAGUAUGCCAUCCUGAAUGAGGUGUGGCGCCUGGUGGGCUCCGGCAUCCUCAGCGUGGCCGACGUGGAUCGAGUCCUCAGCCAGGGAUUGGGAUUGCGAUAUGCCCUGCUCGGAUCCCUGGAGACGGCGCAUCUGAAUGCUCCGGGCGGUGUGGCAGACUACUUUCAGCGUUUUGGCGGUGAAAUCUCCGCCGUGAGUGCCACCUAUGGUGAGACCCCGAAUACCCAGGAGGACCGGGAAACGCUGGCGGAGAUUGCACGGCAAUGCGAGCAGAUGGUGUCGCUGGAAAAACUCGACGAGAGGCGGGCCAUUCGUGAUGAAUUCCUCAUCCAGCUGGCCAAACUGAAGAGGCAGUUUGAAUAGGAUAUUAAUUGCUGGGUUUUGUGAUGUUCCCUGAAUAAACUGCAAAGCAACUUAA